GUGGGGGUGAGUCUUUUUUUUGUCCAUUCUGCGCCAUCUUCGCACCUUCCCCCGGUCCAAGAGGGACUGACACUCACUCCAAAUAGGAUUUUAUUUUUUCAUUUCGUCUGUUUUUCGCAUUCAGGACCUGUAGGCACCACGGAGGUGUCCAACUACCAGGCCAGGAUGCCAGGAGUUGGUAGAAACGAGGAAGACGGCGAGGAAAACUCCUUUGAAAUGGACGAUUCUGUUGAUUAUGGAACGAGUGCACCUACCGAAGGCGGACAUGUCAAUCCUGCCGAAGAAUCUCCCCCUUCCAAGAAGAAAAAGAGCAAGAAAACAAAAAAAGAGAAGCGCAAAGAAGGAAAAUCUAAGAAACGUAAGCGGUCUGUGGACAGAGAAAGUGGUGGGGAAAGUGAUUCCCCACUGAGUGACGAUGGCGAGAUCAUCUUUAAACACAAGAGCAAAAAGAAGAAAGACACAACUCCUAAGGAGAAAGACAUGGGUCCCAAGAGUUCCCUGGAGCUGAUGCGGGAGUUUGGAAUUGAGGAGUUUGAGAUGGAGUACAUGGAUGCCGACUAUGAGAGCCUGAUCAACUACAAGCUCUUCUGCCAGCAUGUCCGCCCGUUGGUCAUCGAGAAUGCCCCCAAUCUGCCCAUGACCAAAAUGACCACACUGCUGGCCUCCCUCUGGCGCGAGUUUGCCGCAAGCAACCCCAAGCGUGGCACCGUCCGACCCCCACCGCCCCAACUGAUCCUGGCCUCGCCUGAGGCUCCCAAGGAGGCCUCUCCCCCGCCGACCGCUGCCAAGGAGGCGACGGUGGCGGCAGCCCAGGAGGAGGAGGAACAGCAGCAGGAGGACGAGAGAGAUGGCGAUGCGGAAGAAGCCAAGGAAAUCAAGGAGCCCAAAGGUAAGAGUAAAUCUGCCAGUAAAGACAAGUCCAAGGGAAAAAAGAAGAAAGUGGCACCACUCAAGAUUAAGAUUGCGGGCCAGUCGGGAAGAAAGAGAAAAGCCCAUUCCUCGAGCGACAGUGGCAGCAACUUCAGCGACCAGAUCCCGAGCGACUUGUCGGACGAGGAGGCCAAGAGCGCCCCCUCGGUCCAGUCAGACAGCUCUGCCAGCCGCUCCUCGGCUCGCAAGCCCAAGAAGCCUCGCCCCAAGAAGAUGCCGCCGGCCAAGAAGAAGAAGAAAAAGAAGAAGGGUUCCGAGGAAGACGGCUACGAGACUGACCACCAGGAUUACUGCGAGGUGUGCCAGCAGGGAGGGGAGAUCAUCCUGUGCGACACCUGCCACCGGGCUUAUCACCUGGUCUGCCUGGACCCAGAGCUGGACGCAGCCCCCGAGGGCAAGUGGAGCUGUCCCCACUGUGAAACGGAAGGUGUACCUGUCCAGGAGGAGGAACAGGACGAGCACAUGGAAUUCUGCCGCGUCUGCAAGGACGGUGGGGAGUUGCUCUGCUGCGACCAGUGCCCCUCCUCCUAUCACAUCUUCUGCCUCAACCCCCCGCUCAAGGAGAUUCCCGACGGGGAGUGGGUCUGCCCGCGGUGCUCGUGCGAGCCGCCCAAGGGCAAAGUCCAGAAGAUCCUGACCUGGCGCUGGACCACGCCCCCGGUCAACACCGACCCCCUGGACCCGGAGUGUGGCAGCCCCACCAAGAAGGAGCCUGGCGUCAAGCCCACCAGGGAGUUCUUCUGUAAAUUCCAUGGCUUGUCCUACUGGCAUUGUGACUGGGUCUCGGAGCUGCAGAUGGAGGUGUUCCACAUCAUCCUGUACCGCAACUACACCCGCAAGUUUGACAUGGAGGAGCCCCCUCCCCUGGAGGACGGCGAGACCUACGGGGGCAACUGGCGCCACAAGCAGGGCAACAAGGCCCAUGACGAGCACCACAUCAACCUGGAGGAGAAGUUCUACCGCUACGGCGUCCAGCCCGAGUGGCUGCAGAUCCACAGAAUCAUCAACAAGCAGGUGCGUCCCCGCUCAGGCAAGACCCUGUACCUGAUCAAGUGGCGCUCCCUCACCUACGACAACUGCAGUUGGGAAGAGGAGGACCUGCUAGAUGACAUCCCCGACGGACGCAAGCACAUUGAGUAUUACAACUCGCACAAGAGGAGCAUGCACGCGCCUUUGGACAGCAAACUAAGCAAAAAGAAGAAGGGAAAGGGCAAAAAGACCAAGAAAGAGGAGAAGGAAGAAGAGGAGGAGAAAGUGGAUGGCAAGCGGAGGCGGGACGAGGAAGACGAGGAGGACAGAGAAGAGAUUAAGAUGGACCCGAAGAAAAAGUAUGAGGAGCAGCCGGCCUUCAUCUCGGCCUGCGGAGGCAACCUCCACGACUACCAGCUGGAAGGGCUGAACUGGCUGCGCUACUCGUGGGCUCACCGCAUCAGCUGCAUCCUGGCUGACGAGAUGGGGCUGGGCAAGACCAUCCAGACCAUCGCCUUCCUGUACUCGCUGUACAAGGAGGGCUUGAGCAAGGGCCCCUUCCUGAUCAGCGCCCCCUUGUCCACCAUUGUCAACUGGGAGAGGGAGUUUGAAUUCUGGGCGCCAGACUUCUACGUGGUCACCUACUGCGGUGACAAGGACAGCCGAGCCACUAUUAGAGAGCACGAGUUCUCCUUUGAGGAGGAUGCCGUGCGCGGAGGCAAGAAGGCCUACCGGAUGAAGAAGGACAGCGUGGUGAAGUUCCACGUUCUGCUGACGUCUUAUGAGCUGGUCACCAUCGAUAACACCACCCUGCAGUCGGUAGACUGGGAGGUCCUGGUGGUGGAUGAGGCUCACCGACUCAAGAACAACCAGUCCAAGUUCUUCAGGAUCUUGUCGCAGUAUUCCAUCGGCCACAAGCUGCUGUUGACUGGUACCCCGCUACAAAACAACCUAGAGGAGCUGUUCCACUUGCUCAACUUCAUGAGCUCAGAUGAAUUCUCCAAUCUGCAAGUGUUCCUGGAUGAGUUUGAGGACAUCUCCAAGGAGGACCAGAUCAAGAAGCUGCAUGACCUGCUGGGUCCUCACAUGCUGCGUCGUCUGAAGGCGGACGUCUUGAAGGGCAUCCCCUCCAAGAGCGAGUUCAUCGUGCGGGUGGACCUCAGCCCCAUGCAAAAGAAAUACUACAAGUACAUUCUGACCAGGAACUUUGAGGCCCUGAACGCCAAGGGCGGAGGCAACCACGUCUCCCUUCUCAAUGUCAUGAUGGACUUGAAGAAGUGCGCCAACCACCCGUACCUGUUUCCCACGGCUGCAAUGGAGGCACCGCGCAUGGCCAACGGCGCCUUUGAGCCCCGGGCACUGGUCAAAUCCUGCGGCAAGCUCAUGCUGCUGGAGAAGAUGCUGGAAAAACUCAAGCAGGAGAACCACCGAGUACUGAUCUUCUCCCAGAUGACAAAAAUGUUGGACAUUCUGGAGGACUUCCUAGAGGGCACCGGCUACAAAUAUGAGCGCAUUGAUGGUGGCGUCACCGGUAGCCUGCGUCAAGAGGCUAUAGAUAGAUUCAACGCUCCUGGUGCGGAGCAGUUUGUGUUCCUCCUGUCCACCCGGGCUGGAGGGCUGGGCAUCAACCUGGCCACCGCCGACACAGUGGUCAUCUUCGACUCGGACUGGAACCCCCACAACGACAUCCAGGCCUUCAGCCGCGCCCACCGCAUCGGCCAGGCCAACAAGGUCAUGAUCUACCGCUUUGUGACGCGGUUCUCCGUGGAGGAGAGGAUCACGCAGGUGGCCAAGAAGAAGAUGAUGCUGACCCACUUGGUUGUUCGGCCUGGCCUGGGUUCGGCCGCCAAGGGUGCCAUGUCCAAGAAGGAGCUGGACGACAUCCUGAAGUUUGGCACCGACGAGCUGUUCAAGGACGAAGGCAACCAAGACGAGGGCAAUGAGGGCACGAUCACCUGGGAUGACCGGUCAGUCUCGGAGCUCCUGGACCGGACCAAGGAGGGCAUCGAGCAGAAGGACAUGGCCGACGACUACCUCAACUCCUUCAAGGUGGCCAGCUACGUCAUCAAGGAGGAAGAGGAAGAGGAAGAAGAGGAGGUGGAGACGGAGGUCAUCAAGCAAGAGCUGGAGCCUUCUGACCCGGCCUACUGGGAGAAGCUCCUGCGUCAUCACUACGAGCAGCAGCAGGAGGACCUGGCCCGCACCCUGGGCAAGGGCAAACGUAUCCGCAAGCAGGUCAACUACAACGACGCCGGGCAGGAUGACUCAGGUGGGCUGAGAGGGAAGGGCUGGGACAACAAGAUGAGCGAUAACUACAGCGACUACUCGCACUCCGACAACGAAGAGGACGACGAGGACUUCGACGAGAAGGCAGAACUCCGUCCAAGACGAAGGGACAAGGACAAGCUGCCUCCUCUGCUAGCAAGAGUGGCUGGCUCUAUCGAGGUGCUUGGUUUCAACACCAGGCAACGCAAGGCAUUCCUCAAUGCCAUCAUGCGCUGGGGCAUGCCCCCUCAAGACCCCUACAACUCUCAGUGGUUGGUGCGGGAUCUCCGCGGCAAACCGGAGAAACACUUCAAAGCGUACGUUGCUCUGUUCAUGCGUCACCUGUGCGAGCCUGGUUCGGACGGUGCAGACACGUUUGCUGAUGGGGUGCCGCGAGAAGGGCUAUCCAGACAGCACGUGCUGACCCGCAUCGGUGUCAUGAGCCUCAUACGUAAAAAGGUGCUGGAGUUUGAGCCCAUCAACGGCAGCAUCAGCAUCCCCGAGCUGGUGCCCAACCCCAGCUCGGUCCUGGACAACUUCAAGUCGGACUCCCGCAAGUCCUCCAGGACGGCCUCGCCGGCCCCGACCCCAGCUAGCUCGGACUCGCCCAUCCCCACCCCGGCCACUGCCGCGUCCCCUGCCGCCGCUGCCCCCUCCCCGGCAACCACCGUCGACUCCAAGCCCGAGGAGACGGAGGCCGGGUCCGGGGAACAGAAGGAGAAAGAUGCGGCUGCGACCAAGGAGAAACCAGAUGCCGAGAGCAAGAAGGAAGAGAAAGAUGGCCAAGAACCGAUGGACCUCGACAGAGAGGAAGAGGACAAGAGCAAGACAGAGGACGGAGACGAGACUCGGCCAGACCAGGAGAAACAGGCGAAGAACGAGGCAAAAGACGAGGAAGCUGGAGAAAAGCCGGAUGCCACAGAUAAGAAUGAAGCUGGAGAAAAGAUGGAAACAGACGACCAGGAAGUAUCCAAGGAGAAAUCUGAGGAUGAUCCCAAGACGUCUGAAACAGAGGAGGCCGGGGAGAAGGAGAAAGAAGCUGCAACGACGCAGGAGCCAACAGGAGAAGAGAAAGUCGAAUUAGUCAAAGAUGAGGAAGGCACCAGUCAGCCCAAUGACAAGACAGGCGAGGCUGCCGAGACGGAGGAAAAUGCUGAGGCGAAGGAAGAAGCGAAAGAUGAGAAGCAGCCCGGUGCAGAUACCAAGAAAGACGGCGGAGACGACAAGCAGGAGAAGGCAGAGGAGGAGCAGAAGAACGGGACGGCAGGCGAGAAGGAGGAAGACGACGAUGACGACGACGUGGUGGAGGUCAAGGAGGAGGCCAAGAAGCCAGCCGAGAAGGAGGAGAGCCGCAAGGAGGAUGCCAAGAAGGCUGACGCCAAGAAGGACAAGCGGCUCUUUGUCUUCAACAUUGCCGACGGCGGGUUCACGGAGCUGCACACGCUCUGGCUGAACGAGGAGCGGGCGGCCAAGAGUGUUGGGGAGAGAGCCAAUGAGAUCUGGCACCGGAAGCACGACUUCUGGCUACUCAGCGGCAUAGUCAAACACGGGUAUGGUCGCUGGCAGGACAUACAGAACGACCUGUGCUACGCCAUCAUCAACGAGCCCUUCAAGGUGGACCUGGGCAAGGGUAACUACCUGGAGAUCAAGAACAAGUUCCUGGCUCGGAGAUUCAAGCUCCUGGAGCAGGCCUUGGUCAUCGAGGAACAGCUGCGGCGGGCCGCCUACCUCAACCUGACCCAGGACCCCAACCACCCGGCCAUGGCCCUCAAUGCCCGCUUCGCCGAGGUAGAGUGCCUGGCCGAGAGCCACCAGCACCUGUCCAAGGAGUCGCUGGCCGGCAACAAGCCAGCCAACGCCGUGCUGCACAAAGUGCUGAACCAACUGGAGGAGCUCUUGAGCGACAUGAAGUCGGACGUGGCCCGUCUCCCGGCAACCCUGUCCCGCAUCCCUCCCGUGGUGGCGCGCCUUCAGAUGUCGGAGCGGAGCAUCCUGAGCCGGCUGGCCAAUCGUGACGGCCACAAUGCCCAGGGCCAUCCAGCCCAGACCCAACAGAUUGCUCAACCUCUGUCCCAGGGGGUGGGUAACAAGUCGGCCGUCGGUCCUGCGUCGGCGGCCACCGCCUACGCCACUUACAGCGCCAAGGGGGCAGGGCCGGGAGGCAACUUUACGACCGGGAGCCAGCCGGCUGGGCGACGGCCCAUCAUUCAGCACGGCCCUCCCCAAUUUACCGGUGUCCAGACCAACCAUUUCGGACAGACCAUUCAGACCAUCCCCCAGGGGAACGUACAGGUCCUGCCCGACCCCGGCCACGCGGUGAUCGUCAAGAACCAGUCGGGUACCCCGUCCACACAGGCCACCGGCGGCAGCAAUUAUUACACCACCAUGCUGAGCAACGCCUCCAGCGCCAUCUCCAAUUCAGUUGUGGUGAGCAGGGACAUAAUGGGUUUGCUACCUGACGCCCCUCAAAAAUCACUCCGAGAAAAACACAAAGGCCAUCAUCAUCAUCGUCAUCAUCACAAGUCAAGGGUCAAGAUGGGAGGCAGAUCAGAUGAUCAGAGAAAGCUGAGUCGGCAUGCAGCUACCUCCCUGGCCAACCUUCAGCAGCUGAGGACAGCGAUUGCUGCCCGCAGUAUGGUGGCAUCCGCUGCGCCCUCCACCUCGGCUAAGCCUGCCAAAGAUUAGACCAAGCAUCCCCCGUCCGUGAUAAUGUACCCCGUCCUUUAAAGAGGCCUGCCUCGUCGCACUGAGUGGACUGAAAAAUUCACCAGUUGGUCACGGAGCGCUUAAACUAGGGCUGGCCGACAGUCUUGCUCCAUCACUCACACUGAUUGAUUAACGGCUUUAUGAAGAAGUUGAUAUACAUGUAUUUGACUUACAACAUCCAUCUUAUUUGCAGGGUGAAGUUGUUUCCUUUAAUAAGAAAUUAUGAGAUAAGAUAGGACUUCUGACUUAAAAGUUUCCAACUGCACUCCCAUUUCUGUGACCCUGGGGUUUCCCCUUUGAAAACUCACACCCGCUAAUAACCAGCUAGAGAAAAACUGAAGAGAAACCCGAGUCGGGUUCCAUUAGUUAGCAAAGAGUCUGUGCUGCGUCUCGCUUGUACUGUGUAGUGUCGCACGUAGAUCCCUUUUUGAAAGCAGAAGGAAACAGCACCAUGGUGUAUUGUUGUAGAAGUUCAGUGGAAUUAGAAGUGUAAAAUGUGAUCGCUGAAAGAAACUAAUCUGAAGCAGCUGUAGAGGAUAUAUUGGCCGUUUUUUCAGUCUGGCCAAUGGAAUGUGCCAAAGUUGGCCAGUUGGCCACUGUGGACAGCCAGCCACUUUUAACAGCCAAGCCCAUAAAGCUUAUUUCUUCACAGGUGGCCUCAAAGGCUGAAAGUGGCCAGCUGGCCGGAUCUGGCCAGUGACGCCGCAAGGAACAGUAACCUCCUAAACCACCCGUCAGCUUAUUUCAGUAACCCAGAAGGAAACUCCACUAGACUUAAAAAUGCAACCCCUCAACUUGGACAUAAUUUCUGUGUACAUAAUUACCAACACCUGUCUGUAUAUAUAAUGGAAGUUGUCAAUGCUGCAACAAAAAGAAGGGUUACAGUAAUUUUGUUACUUUGAAGAAACAUGAAGUGAACACCUGAAAACAGACAUCGUUAGUUAAGUUGUGGUGUGGAGCAUGAAGUUUAACCAAACUCGUAGAUUUUAAAAGUACACUCUCCUGCAUGCGCUUUUGGAUCACACAAGUCAUGACGUACUUUCAAAAAAAUGUGCAUGAACUUUUUUCUGAACAAAUCAGUGUAAAACACUGCUACUUCUUGUUAAAGACAAAUCAGUUUUGUUUAUUUUUGUACCAGUAGAAAGAACAAUCCUUGAAAAAUUGUUGACGAAUGAUUCACUGAUGGUAUUCAUAAUGACAACUAACUUAUAGUAUUUGGAAAUUUAUUUUCUUUCUUUUAGAGUAAUGUAUAUUUUGUAAUGCGUUCGCAGUAUCGCCGUGUUGACAUUUCAACUCAUGAGGCGGGCAGACUUACAUAAAAUGACUCCUUACAUCUGAGUAGUUCUGUUUUCUUAAGUAACAUCUUUUGUUCUGUAAAGUUUUGUUAUAUUUUCAAGAAACACUGUCUUAACCAAACAAAGGCACACAAUCGUUAUGUUAAGAUCGCUUUGUACAAACUGCUUUGUCUUGCACGCUCUGGUCCUGUGUAUGUGUGUGUUGAUGCCAGCAAAAUAAGAGGAAGAGAUGAAGAGAAAUGGGUCUUGUUA